GUUUACAGCAAGCCAAGCCAAUAUGGCGGCUGACUGCUCGCCAGAUGGCGGUUAUUCACUUUAAACUUAUUCAGAACGCGAAUCAGUAUUCCUGUGAAUAAUUAUGUGCUUAUAUGGUACAAAACUGCGUAAAAGUGUCUUUUUUUUUUUUUUAGAAAAAAACAUGGCUAACGAGCUCGUUGUCUGAGCGUGAUCCAUGGCGGAGGCGGACGAGCUGCGGCCUGUCCCCCGGGAGAGAGCCAUCCUGGAGAGCUUCUUCACGCAGCUGGGCAUGUUCUCCUUCGACAGGGCCAAGGACUACGUGGACAAAGAGAAGGACAGCAGCAAGAGCUCCGGCACCAUCUGGGCCGCGCUACUAGCCGCGCUGGCUCAUCUGGUGGCGGCGGAGAAGGCCUAUCAUAACAUGACCUUUCUGGGACAGAAAAUUGGUGGUCAGUCAUUCUUCAGUCGCAAGGACUCGAUCCGCACCAUCUACACGUCUCUGUACAACGAGCUGAGGAAAGUGGUGACAUCAGGACGCCACAGCCAGCAAGGUUCCGCCUCUUACCUGGAGGAGCUGCUGUCUCACCUGUCGGAGCAGCUGUGUUAUUUCACGCAGGCCCGUGUGGAGAUGGCAGACCUGUACGAGAAGAUGCACGUAUUGGCCGGCCAUAAGAAUGUCAACUGCGAGGAUCUGGUGACCGCACUUGAGCUCGUCCUGCACAAGUACAGCUCCAAGUUCCACCACCCCAUCCUGGGCCGAGUGGAAGAGAGCUUCCAGACGGAGGUGGACGUGGUGACCCAGUUACUGCGCUGCCAGGCCCAAGUGUCGGAGUGGCACUUCUUACCCGCCUUGCUCAAUCUGCACGGUGCCACCACCAAACUGGGCACCUGGGGUCAACUGUUCCAGCGGCAGAGGGAUACUCGCAAGCAUCUGUUUGGAGGUCAGUCCCAAAAGGCCGUGCAGCCGCCGCACCUCUACGCAUGGCUGCAGCGCUUUCAGGCGGCGCUGCUCGCCAAGUUCAGCUUCUACUUCCAUGAAGCGCUGAGUCGGCAGACGGCACCCGCCGACAUGCGCGCCCUGACUGCCCGAACCGCCCCCGACUACCACGGCAAGAUUUGCUCCUUUGUGCGCAAACACGAUGCCAGCAACGUGUCUCUGGUGUUCGACAACCGCGGCUCUGUGAGCUUCCAGGGUCACGGCUACCACCACCCGCACUCGUACCGAGAGGCGCCCAAGGGCGUCGAGCAGUUCCCCGCCGUCGUUUCGCUUCCGUCAGGCGAGCGGCCGCUCACGCACUGGCCCAACGUUAUCAUGAUGAUGGGGGACCGUGCGGCCGAGCUCAACACUUUGGACAAAGUGGUCCACUUCUAUGACGACAAGGUCCAAAGCACAUACUACCUGACCCGGCCCGAGCCCCAUUUCACUCUGGUGGUCAUUUUUGACGGCAGGAAGUCCGAGAAAGACAUGCACAUCGCCACCUUCCUGCACGAGAUCUCUGCCUCGCUGAGGAACUCCAAACCCUUCAGCACCCUCAAGCCGGGCACAAAGGGCUGAGCGGACCCCAAAGAAAGUCAAAAGUCAAAAAGCAAUGUUUUUUCUCCUGCAAAGACGUUUUAUUGUCAAUUUUAACAAAUCCAUGUGUUUUAGUUUCUUGCCUUGUAAUAAUGUGUAUGUACCGUACUGCGUUGUCACAUUGGUUCAUUCAAUCAUAAAUGGAAUAAAUGUACUAAAGCAAAGAAAGAUGCUGCCGCAUGGUUUGCAAAUGGUAAAUGGACAGCAUUUGUAUAGCGCUUUUUUUAUCCAGAGCGCUUUACAAUAUAUGCCCGUCAUUCACCCAUU